GCCUCUACACACAGUGGAGAGAACUUGUCAAAGAGGCGAGAUGACCAGCAUGGAGCAUUUACACCCGACCUCUAUUGUUAAUAAAGAAGAAUGUAAUACAGGUGAGAAGAGGUUAGAGUCACAAUUCAGCAUGAUUGGAGACAGCGCAAAUCAAUGUCUACAAUUUGGACUGGAAGAAAUAGACACAGGACAGGAACUAACAAGAAAGAACAUCUACAAUGAUUGCAGUGAUGAAGAGCCAGUUGAAAGGGAAUCCAUCUGUAGUACCGGUGAAAUUGAGUUUUUAGGAUUUGGCAAGAAGUAUGGUAAGUUUGUGCAGGUGUCUUCUAACACUCCCCCAUGUGUCAUAUUUGACUUGCUGACCAAGGAGUGGAAUGUGCCCGUCCCAAACCUCGUUGUUUCGAUUGUUGGAGGAGAGGAUAAUGUUUUGUUAAAGCCAUGGCUUCAGAAUGCUCUUCGGAAAGGUCUGGUGAAAGCUGCUCAAAGCACAGGGGCGUGGAUUAUUACAAGAGGCCUGCGGGCAGGGAUCACCAAACUCAUAGGGGAAGCAGUCCGUGAUCAUGCCUUGGCCAGCACUUCCGCCAAAAUCAAAGUCUUCGCAAUUGGAAUCUCGCCAUUGGGAAUCAUUUCUGACUGUGAAGCCUUAGACGAUGUUAAGGAGCACAGUCCAGCAGUCUACCGGGUUGAUGACACAGCACAAGGUCCUCUCUACUCCUUGGACAACAACCACUCCCACUUCAUACUGGUGGAUGAAAAGACUCCCAAUGGCACCACUAAGCUUUGGCUGAAACUGCUGAAGCACAUUUCAGAACAGCGGACAGGCUACGCAGGUACUGGCAGCAUUGAAAUUCCUGUACUUUGCUUUCUUGUACAUGGCCACCCGGAAAUCUUGCAGAAAGUGCACCAGGGGAUGGAGAAUUAUGUCCCAUGGUUAAUCUUGGCUGGAUCAGGGGGCAUUGCUGAUGUCAUCGCUUCAUUGAUGCAUGGACCCGUGGUUUUCGAAACUGUGGAAGAGCAGCUUAUCGAAAAAUUCCCCAGAGAAACCUUCACCAAAGAAAAUAUUCUCAUAUGGACCAAACUGAUUCAAAAUAUUAUGGCCAAAGAACAUAUCUUAACAGUGCAUAACUCUGAGCAGGAGAACUCGGAGGAGAUGGAUACCAUUAUCCUGAAAGCCCUUGUCAAAGCCUGCAAAAGUCAAACCAAUGAAGCGCAGGAGUACCUGGAUGAACUGAAACUUGCUGUUGCCUGGAACAGGGUAGAUAUUGCCAAGAGUGAGAUCUUCAAUGGUGAUGUGGAGUGGAAGUCUUGUGACCUGGAAGAUGUAAUGAUGGAUGCCUUGGUGAAUGACAAACCACAGUUUGUUCGGCUCUUCAUUGAUAAUGGGAUGAACAUGUAUGACUUCCUCACUUAUGGCCGGCUCCAAGAACUCUAUCGUUCCAUCUCACAGAAGUGCCUUCUCUACGAGCUGUUGCUGAGAAAGCUUGAGGAGCACAGGCUCACUAUAACAGGCAUUAACACUCCUUCGCAUCGGGACUUCCCAGAAAAUAAACCUAAGUUCACCCUGUGUGAAGUGUCCAAGGUGCUGAAAGAUUUCCUGCACGAUGCCUGCAAGGGAAUUUUCCAGGAAUCCAACUCCUCUCGCAAGCACACUGGUGUUAAAAAGUCAAUAGCAGAACUAAACAGCAAGUUACGUGGUCAAAGACCUUUCACAAUGCCUGCCCUAAGCCAAACCUUUGAAAAUCCCUGGCGGGACCUCUUCUUGUGGGCUGUACUACAGAACCGACAGGAGAUGGCCAACUAUUUCUGGGAAAUGGGUCCAGAAGCCGUGCCCGCAGCUCUGGCAGCAUGCAAGAUUUUAAAAGAAAUGGCUCGGCUGGAGUUGGACACCGAGACCGCUCGGAGCAUGAAGAGGGCGAAAUAUGAUCAACUGGCAAUAAACCUGUUUAGCGAGUGUUAUGCCAACAGUGAAGACAGAGCAUUUAACUUGCUGAUCCGUGAGACCAAAUACUGGGGCAAGACCACCUGCCUGCAGUUAGCUAAAGAAGCAGACGCCAAAUCUUUCUUUGCACACGAUGGAGUUCAGGCUCUACUGACUAAAAUCUGGUGGGGCGAGAUGUCUACAGAUACUCCAUUCUGGAAGUUGCUAUCAGGAUUCUGUUGCCCUCCGCUAAUAUUCACAAACCUUAUCACGUUCGGUGCAUAUGACCACAUGUCCACAGAGGAAUCUGACCAGACAAGAGAACAGAACAGUUUUGACAUGGAAAGGGCUUUAAUGCUCCAAGAUAAGGCCAAGAGCAGUGAAGUGGAUGGACAAAGACUUUGCCAAGGAAACGAAUAUUGGGAAUUUAUUAUCCGAAGAUGGAAGAAAUUCUGGGGUGCCCCUGUAACCGUGUUCCUGGGGAAUGUGAUUCUGUAUUUUGCAUUUCUCUCCCUUUUUGCGUAUGUUUUGCUGGUGGAUUUCCAGCCUCCACCGCCCAUCGGUCCUUCUAUGGCAGAGAUAGCACUCUAUUUCUGGGUCUUCACCCUGGCCCUGGAGGAGCUGAGACAGAGCUUUUUCACUGAAGGAAACACUAACAUUGUAAAGAAAUUUAAACUGUAUGUGGAGGAUUCGUGGAAUAAGUGUGACAUGGUGGCCCUGGUAUUGUUCAUAGUGGCAGUGACGUGCAGAAUGUUAUCCGUCACGUAUGAUGCUGGCCGCACAACUUUGUGCCUGGAUUUCAUGGUGUUUGCUCUGCGACUGAUUCACAUCUUUGCCAUCAAUAAGCAGCUGGGGCCAAAGAUUAUUAUCGUGGAACGAAUGAUGAAAGACGUCUUCUUCUUCCUCUUUUUCCUGAGUGUUUGGCUUAUUGCCUAUGGGGUGGCCACUCAGGCACUGAUGCAUCCCAACGAGACUCGUGUGGAUUGGAUCUUCAGGCACGUUCUCUACAGGCCUUACCUUCAGAUAUUUGGCCAGAUCUCACUGGACGAAAUAGACGAAAUUCGGAUGGUUAAUCGAACGUGUAUCGGCAACGGAGCCAACAUUACAGCAACGGGAGUGAACUUGCCCCACUGCAUUAAUCGCUAUGCAAACUGGUUGGUCAUCGUGCUUCUGGUCAUCUUCCUGCUGGUCACUAAUGUACUGCUGCUGAACCUUUUGAUUGCAAUGUUCAGUUAUACCUUCCAGGUGGUACAAGGAAACACAGACAUAUUUUGGAAAUUCCAGCGCUAUAAUCUGAUCGUCGAGUAUCACAGCCGGCCGGCUCUGGCACCGCCCUUCAUCAUCAUCAGUCACCUCAACCUUUUCAUUAGAUCAAUUUUUAAGGAACCGCAACACAAGCGAGAGCAUUUUGAAAAGAAAUUACCCGAGAGCUUGGACCAGAAAAUCAGGAUCUGGGAAUCUGUACAAAAAGAAAAUUAUCUCGCCAACUUGGAAAAGGGGAAGAGAGAAAGCAGCACAGAAAGACUGAAGAAAACCUCCACCAAGGUAGAUUCAUUACUUAAAUCUGUAAAUGGACUUCAUGAGAGGGAAAAACGCCUUGAAAGCCUUGAGACAAAGAUUAAAUAUUGCAGUGAUGUUCUAGCCUGGAUGACUGAAUCCUUUAUUCAACAAAACCUACACUGCAACAGACCUCCUCCAACCAGUGGUGCAGCCCCUGCAGAUUCUCCCAUUCCAGUCUACAAGAAACAACCAGCAGACGUUACUGACUGCCCAGUGGACACUGAAGCAAUGGCCAUGCCCUACAUCGAUAACUAAGGAAACCACUCUGGAACAGAGAAUAAUAAUGAAUGAAUAUUUCACGAGCAUUAAUCUUUGCCCGCUUUGGCAACAACUGCGUCAAAAAAAUACACAUUUUAAACUUGAAUUUUAAUCUGGGAAACUAAGUUGUAGCUUUUUGGAUAAGUAAAGGAAAAUGAAGAGCGAACAAUCAUAUCUUCCAGUAGCGACUGGCAUACAUAUCAGAUCAUUGAUACACUCAGUCAGGGCUGAGGCUCACUGGUCAAAAUGUAAUCCGGAUCACACAACUAAAAUAAUUUACUAUAGUUUUCAACUUUUGCUAGAGUAAAUAUUUAUUUUGGGCAUUGUUUCGCAAGGUGACAAUCAAAGUGACAAGCGAACCUCUCACACAAUGGCUAUAUAAAGUACUUUAACACUUUUAAGCCUCAGGUUGAUUCAUCUUCGAAAAUUCUAGUACCUCUCCCCACUGCAUGACUUGAAUACCUAGACCAACUUUGCAGGACAGUACUGCUGUUGUGCUAAGCUGGCAAAAAAAAUUCCAAAGAGAGAAAUUAAACAUAGUUCAUUAAAUAUAGUGGCAGUUCAUGGCAGACCCAUUGUUUCUGCCCUCUCCUGCCCCCAGUCUCCAACAUUAUCAUUCCGCAGCCCCGCACGACCCAGUUUUACUUUCUCCCCAAAAUCCAUUGUUUCCCCUGGGUCCUGCCCCAAAAGUUCCUCAUUAACGAUCGCAGGCAAUCCAGUUUUCCUUGUAUGCCAACAUCAAGCAACUAAAUUGCUUAUUAUUUUCAGGGUUAUUUCUGGGAACUUGCUGCAUGUAAUUGUGCUGGUCUUAUUUAAGAACAUAAUUAGUAUGGCCCAGGCAGCCCUUCAAAGCCAGCACCGCCAUACGACAAAGUUGUGCCUGUUCCUCUGCUUCUUCCACGUUCCUGCCCAACUAUUAUUUUCACCCUAAUGGUCAAAUGCACAUCCAAGUAAUAUUGUAGGACACAAAUUGAUUUGUCAUUUAUCAAAUACAAAGGCAGUUUCGGUGUUAGCUGUCACAAAGAUUAUUGCACGGCCGUGAUGAAAAUCUAAGCCAUUCCAUUAAAUACCGUUUGACAGCACUGGGCCUGCACUCGCUGGAGUUUAGAAGGAUGUGGGGGGGUUGGGGGGAAGGGACUUCAUUGAAACUUAC